CCGCGGACUGAAAUUACUAGUGCGGAGGAGCACACGAAAACAACUGGCAGACGACGAAGGAACGAGGGGGCGCACGCAAGUCCAAGAUGGCGUCCACUCAAGAGGAAGAGCAGAGCUUGCGCGAAUGCGAGCUUUACGUGCAGAAGCACAACAUCCAGAAGCUCCUGAAAGACUGCAUCGUUCAGCUAUGCGUGAGCAGGCCGGAGAAUCCAAUAUCUUUCCUGCGGGACUACUUCGCACGCCUGGAAAAGGAGGCUGCCACAAGAGCCAAGCAGCAGCAGCUUUCGCCCAUGGCGACCACACCCCCCUGCGAAGAGAAGGAGGAUGAGCUGUCGCCACUGCCCGUGCCGCCUCAGCGAAGCCGGCGCGGGGCGGUUAGUGCCGAGACCUACUCUGAGGAGGACGCCACAUCUUAUGUCAAAAAGAUGGUGCCCAAGGACUAUAAGACCAUGGCAGCACUUUCGAAGGCCAUUGAAAAGAAUGUCCUGUUCUCACACUUGGACGACAAUGAGCGGAGCGACAUCUUCGACGCCAUGUUCCCCGUGGUUCACAAAGCGGGCGAGGUGAUCAUCCAGCAGGGAGACGAGGGGGACAACUUUUACGUUAUUGACCAAGGAGAAGUGGACGUAUACGUCAAUGGACAGCACGUCACCACAAUCGCGGAAAACGGUAGCUUUGGAGAGCUAGCCCUCAUUUAUGGAACGCCUCGGGCAGCUACAGUCAAGGCCAAGACAGACGUGAAGCUCUGGGCCAUUGACCGAGACACGUACAGAAGAAUUUUGAUGGGAAGCACCAUCCGCAAACGCAAGAUGUACGAAGAAUUUCUUAGCAAAGUCUCCAUUUUGGAGAGCCUCGACAAGUGGGAGCGACUCACAGUGGCUGACGCGCUCGAGCCUGUCACAUUCAACGAUGGCGACAUCAUUGUGGAACAAGGCAUGCCCGGCGAUGACUUCUUCAUCAUUGAAGAGGGUUCAGCAUCAGUGUUGCAGAGACGAUCUGAGAACGAACCACAAGAAGAGGUUGGCAGGCUUGGCCCCUCUGAUUACUUUGGUGAGAUCGCGCUGCUGCUGGACCGGCCGCGGGCGGCCACAGUGGUGUCGCGUGGGCCUCUCAAAUGUGUCAAGCUCGACCGGUCUCGCUUUGAGCGCGUCCUGGGACCCUGCGCCGAGAUCCUCAAACGCAACAUGACGCACUACAAUAGCCUCAUAUCCCUCUCGGUGUAGGGAGGCAAUGACCUGGUAUCUGGAGGCUGUUUAACAGGGGGAAGAAAAAAAACCCAGGAAAAGGUAGCAAGUGGCAUCGCAGAAGAACAGAAGUUGCCAACCUGUUUUCUCACUUUUGCAAAAUGGCUUAAAAGCACCAGAAACCAUGCUGCGCCCCCGAAACUCCUCGUCGUCGUCUGCAAACUUUAGUGCUGCCUGCUUCUUCCUUGUUUAUCCGCCCUGCCAUCGAACCAGAACUUUCCCCACUUCGGUGUGUCCUCGUGCGACUAGCUGAUGUCGUGAGGGCUUGAGAGAUGCCGGGCGUGACUUGCUUCUCAAAAUUGUUUUCCCUGCAUGCUUCUACGUGUUCCAUUGGCUACACGGUAAGCCAAGACGUGGCGUGAGCCACAGGUCAUCUUUAACAGUGUGCGCUAAGAGCAGCAACUUUUGGUUCAUAUCCUGCUGUCAGUAUUCUGCCUUGAACUUAGAACAUGGGCGUCACUGUGCUGUGAGGACAGCGUUGUCAGAAAUUCAAGAACUGGGUUGCUUCGGCUUGCUGGCACAUCGUUUUUCCUAGGAUUACAACAAAAAUCACGAAUAAGGGCUUGUAUCGGCUUGGGUAGUGGCUACUCUGCGGCAUGGGUGCAAAUGCACGAGUCACUGCUGUGUGCGUAUAAAAUUGUCGGACUCCGAUAGCUUGCGCUACGUCAACAGACUGUGCUGUGCGACAGAAUUAUUGCUACAGCGUGGCUGAAUAUUUCGCGCGCGUGAACUUCCACCCACUUUCCCUUGUAUUAUUCUUUUCCCAACCUUGGAUGGCCACAUGAAAGAGCUCAGAUUGGAAGAGAAGGUUCAGAAAGAGGAAUUAGUGGAAAAGACAACGGUCGAGUACCCUCUCUCACCAGCUGCAGCAUUUCUUUUCGUUCGCACACUCUCCUGCAACUUGUGCUGUUUCCUCAAAUGAUUCUGCUGCUGUCAUUUUACUUGUACAUAGAACUAGCUUCAGUAUAUGUUCUUGAGGCAGGCACAAAAAGAUGGCUUCCACGGCCUUUGGGAAGUUUGUCAUCUACGGAGAGAAUGGAAUCUUUUCUUUUGUUUUCCUCCUCCAAAGGAGCAGGUCAACUACCCCCUUUUUUUAUUUGCUUUGCAUGUGCUUGUUUUGUGCCCCCUUUAUUUCUCUCGUGUGCGUGCGUGCGUGUGAGUGCGGAGAAGACAACCAGUUCUCCAGAGCUUCUUUUACCUGCAUUGCAAGCUGCAGCCAGCCUUUUUCAUGUGCACUUCCUGUCGUUCUAGGCAGUGGCCAGUUGUGUUUUAGAUUUCCACUUAGUGACUCUAGUCAUGGUUGUCCCCUUCUCGUGUAGUGUGGUGUCGGCAUGCGUUGUCACUGGCACAGAGCAAGAAAUAUGUAGGAGGAGAAACUUCCAUUUGACACUGGCGUGAAUGGGCAAGCGAACUGCUAAACGUUUUCCUCCUUUUGUGGUGCCAGUUUGUUUCUCAAGGGUCUGCUUUUAGCUGUCUGUCUACACCUGAAAGGGCGUACUAUAAAUGGGUUAACACCUUACAGGGUUAAAGUUCACACACAUUAUAUAAUGGUGGAGCAGCAUUUUGAAGAGGGAAAGAAAGGAAAACGCAAGAAGAGGCGUUGAAGGGGAAGCGUUGAUGGAAGGCACCUUGUGACACAAGUGUGGGCUUGCAACAACAUGCCCCGUUGUCGUGAUGGAGUGAAUUGUCCGAUUUUCAGUCACUAGGUCACUUUAGCGCUGACCCAGCGCAUUUGUGACAUUAUGUGGCGAUGCUUGUGAAUGGAUCUCUCCUCCUAAAUUAUUCUUGCCUGGUGGUCGUUAUUUAAGGGAGUGGCUUUUCCAUGCCCCGUAAUGAAGGACCCAUCGUGGAAGUCCUUUGUGGCAGUGAUCUGUGGAAGCUGUCUCGGACUCGACCAGCACCUCCGGUCUGGCUCUGCUGGGCAGCUCACAUCGCCCCCGCCGGUGACACCGCAAACUUUGUGCCUAGUUGCUUUUACUGAAGGCUCAAUCGACCAGCCAUAGUCUGUUUCAGCACACCAAAAUGUUUUUGUGUGCAGAUAGCUGUGUCUAGUUUAGUCGCACAGUGUACGAGGGAACUGGUUUAGUUAGCCGUCUGUGAAUUUUUCUUUUUGUACCUCUGAUAAUGGUCACCUAGAUGCAGUUAACGCGUCAAAAGCAAUCUGUUAUCCAGUGUUUUUGUUUUAGUGCACACGGCAUUUUAUCAAGGACGUUAGCUUUUGUAGCGCAGAUGCAAUUUUAUUCCUGGAAAAAUGCACACCACCUCCAUGCCAUGGAGGAAAACGCUAGCCAAUAUCCUUUCAAGCAGCGCAGUACGUGUGCCCCGUGUUGUUAGCCGGGCGAAUAACGUCCUGGUUAUUUCAGGGUAGCAGGGCCAUACAGUGCGUCGCUGUGCAUCGUCGCAAAGGCGUGCCCUUUGUCGCCCUCGAAUUAGCUGCUAGUAGUAGCGCCGGGGGCUGCUGCCACUGUCAGCAUUGUCAAGAAUAGCACGCCCUUUCCGUCAUCUCCAGAGGAGUCUUUGGUACUUAAAGAGAUCCCGUGGCAUAGCGUUUGUGCUGUCACAGAGUAACUGCGAAGCAAUUAGGGUUGUCAAGGAGGGGCAAGCUUGGCUGACAUGCUGAUGGAAAAUGCGUUCUUUGCAUUUGUGUUCUGGACAGAAUGAAGAAUCUGACAAUUUCAGCAUUUGAGGGUGGCACCAGCAAGGUCUUCAACAUCUGGCAAGCGGCUCCCUUCUUUCUUUUCUUUUUUUUUUUUUCUGAACGACGCACACCGAGGGUCCUCGCUGCGUGGUCUCUCUCUCGCAAAUGUGUUUCCAGUGACACCGCCUUUCUGACAAGCUAACGGCAGUCCUGUGAGACAAGAUUUGUACUGUCCAUGUGCAAGCGUCUGUGAUGGGAAAGGAUUCGGAGUUGCUUCUAUGCGUCUUGCAGCCGGUGAUAUGCAUGGCUGGCUCUGAAUUUGCAGAAGCAUGUAAGGGCCUCAUCAUAAAUUAUUACAGCUGCAGCUAAUAAUCCAACUUGCUUGUAAGGAUUGUCAUUGGUCACCUCGGAGCAGUGACGGAAUCGGCCACUUGCCUCUCAGCGAUCUGUGAACAGUGUUUUGAAGGAACAUCUUGCUUGUCGACAAUCUUCCUGUUUUCCUUGCAACUUUUCUUUCUUUUUUGGGUCAGACGGUCGGCAGACUUCCUGGUGCACCUCAAAUCAGAGUACCAAACAAAAGCCAUGCAUUCCACUGGCUGCAACACGGGUACAUGCUUUCGAUAGGGGUUUUGUGUAGAUGCCCCCGAGACCUAUCCUGUCAGCAACGGCGCAGUGUUUUUAUCGUUGAAAUGUGCGCUUACUCCCAUUUCUCUCGUCUCUUUUCUUUAUAUAUAUGUGUGUAUACAUUUCUUGCGCGCCGUUCAGUGUUUGAAAACGUAGUCUUGGCUUUUUGCUUUAUCCUGGUGCAAUCCUCUCUCUCCCACACCCAACCCUGUAUGUUGCAAAGCCCCUGAACAGCUUUUUUUGGACAAAUGUUCGGAGACAUGCAGAACAUUUUCUUGUUAGAGUAAAGAAACAGAAGUGGUAUCAAUAAAACAAUUGUUUGUGACUA